GAACUUUCUUGCCUCUUAUCCAAACAGACCAGUUCCAGUGUGCUCAUGGGAAGAAAUGCAUAGACAAGCAGCAGGUGUGCGACGGUACAGCUCACUGUCAGGACCACUCGGAUGAGCAGCAGUGCAUGAAGCGGACUGAUAACUGUGCUCAUCAGUGUGAUGACAAGAACCGCUGCCUGCCUGCUAGCUUUGUCUGUGAUGGAGAGAGGGACUGUAUGGAUGGCAGUGAUGAAGCCAACUGUGAUGGAGAUAAGCAAGAUGAGGAAGAGGAUGUCACGAUGCCAACAGCUGUUCCCUCUGAGCCGCUUCCCAUCAGAUGUCCUUUAGGCUCCAAACUCUGCAAGGACAAGUCUGACUGCGUUCACUACAACCACGUCUGUGAUGGAGAACCAGACUGCCGGGAUGGCUCUGAUGAGGAAGACUGCUUAUCAACAUGUGACAGUGACCAAUUCCAGUGUGCCCAUGGAAAGAAGUGCAUUGAGAAGAGUCAAGUGUGUGACGGAGUGCCUCAGUGUCAGGACCGGUCGGAUGAACUGGAAUGUGCCAAAUACAUGGAGGGCUGUGCACACCAGUGUGACGACGGGAGCCGCUGCAUCCCCAGCAGCUUCCUGUGCGAUGGGGAGCGGGACUGUGCUGACAGCAGUGACGAAGCCUCCUGUGCCGAAAAGGAGUGCAGCAGUUCAGAGUUUAGAUGUUCCAGUGGCCAGUGUGUGUCUGCCUCAAUGCACUGUGAUGGUCACCCGGACUGCUGGGAUGGCUCCGAUGAAGAGGGGUGUGUCAAAGCACCAGUUUGUACCACCAACCACCGCUGUCCCCAAAGCAAGGAGUGUCUACUGCAGGAGUGGAUCUGUGAUGGAGACCAGGACUGCAAAGAUGGCACGGAUGAGAAGGACUGUCCUGUGGCUCCAGCAGAUUGUGAGGCCUUCCAGUGGCAGUGUAGGUCUGGAUCGACUUGUAUUCCCACAACCUGGAGGUGUGAUGGCACAAAGGACUGUGACGACAAUAGUGAUGAGCUUGACUGUGGAAAACUAACAUGCCACCCCCAUGAG